GGGUUUGAUCUGCUGUGAUAAUGAACUACCUACGGACUAGUUAGGUAGGUCGCCGGUCACUCAGUCGACUCUGCACACGGAUUCCCGCCCGCCAUGGCGGACAGCCAGUCAGUGGGCCCGGGCUCCACAAUAACAACGCCGUCAGCGCAGGACCCGAAACCACCCAAGUCGCAGUCGUGCGUGACCUGUCAGCGGAGAAAAGUGAAGUGCAGCAGGCAAGAACCGUGUGCUGCAUGCACCAAGAAUGGGGUGCAGUGUGUCUACCGCCCUCACCAACCGCCUCGGCGACGGAAGAGGAACAUUCCUGACGCGAGUCUGGCGGCGCGUCUAGACAGGUAUGGGAACAGCGUCGAUCCAGAGGCUUGCUCGCCCACGCGUGCAGUGCCCUCGCCGGGCCGUGGGGAGGUGGUUUCAACACCGGUGGCUUCUGUCGCCGAGCUCGCUAAUCCAAGGGGGCCUCUGUCGGCUGUUGGCACGAGCAAUCCGAGUCAUGCUGGGUCGCGGAGGUUGGUUUCCAACAAAGGAAGCUCGGUAUAUCUUGAUAGCAAUCUAUGGACGAGUGUGAGCGACGAGUUACAGGAAGCGCAAGAUGCCAUACAGGAGUCGUCUUCUGCCGAAUCUGACCAGUCCGGCCAAAACGAUAAUUCCCCGGCCGUUGGGGAUGAAUCAGGAUGGAUUUUCAGUUCGCCGGGACGCACCACGCUCAGCGCCAUCCAUCCCAACCCGGUGCAUAUAUUCAAGCUCUGGCAGACGUUUCUCGAGAACGUCAAUCCACUCAUCAAAAUUCUCCAUGCACCUGUCGUGCAGCAGCAACUCUUGGAGGCCGCGGGAGACUUACCCACAGUCAGCAAAGAGAUGGAGGCGCUGAUGUUCUCCAUUUACUGCAUUUCGGUGAUUUCCUUGAGCGAGGACGAGGUAAAGCGUUCCUAUGGCGAGUCGCGCGCCACCCUGAUCUCAAGGUACAAGCGCAGUGCUGAAACGGCCCUUCGCAACGCUGGGAUGCUCAAGACAUCGAAUAUGAUGAUGCUGCAGGCCCUCUUGCUAUAUCUGUUUUCUCUUCGUCUGCUGUCCGAUCCGCACACACUGUGGUCCUUAUGUGGCAUAGCUAUGCGCAUCGCCCAGCGCAUCGGCCUUCACAAGGACGGCUCUCAUCUCGGGCUGUCCGUCUACGAGACAGAAAUGCGGCGACGCCUCUGUCUCCAACUCGUUAUCUUCGACGCCACUGCUGGUUAUUUCUCAGGAUGCGGCUCUGCCUCCUUCAUCCCUCCUACACCCCAAACCACACUGCCCCCUCUCAACAUCAACGACAGCAACCUGGACCCGAACAUGACGGAUCCGCCACGCGAAUAUACCGGACCGACGGAGAUGGUUUUCUGCCUCGUCCGGCACGAGUUUGGCGAAUGGCUACGCAACCGCGCUGGGAUGAGCUCUGGGUUUGAUGGAGGACAUUGGGGGUUCCUUCGCUCUUCGUCCGUGCCGUUAUCGGAAAAAGAUGCGGCCAUCGACGAGCUGGAGCAAAAGUUCGAGACCAAGUACCUAAGACACUGUGAUGUCUCCAUUCCACUGCACUUCAUCACCGUGAUGAUGGCGCGGUCGGUUGUAUGCAUGAUUCGCCUCGCCGCGCACCACCCGCGACAAUACACCGGCACCAGCAUGGCCGGGGUCGGUGACAGCAAACCGGCACAACACACCCUCCAGCUAUCCGAGGCGGAGCGAGACCGCAUCUUCACCAUCUGCGUGCAAGUCGCCGAGAACUGCGACGCCGUGCAGACCAACCACGCCACCAAGAAAUACCUCUGGCACGUUGACUACAACAUCCAGUGGGACGCCCUGAUCUACAUGCUAUCCGAGCUGCGCGGGCGUCGCGUCGAAGGAGCCGAGGUCGCGCGUGCCUGGGCCCUGAUUAACAGCAUCUGCGGCCGACACUACCGCCAGAUGGGCCCGCGCGCGCGUCGCAGCACUCUGCACGUUGCCAUCCGCAGCCUCAUCAUCAAGGCCUGGAAAGGCCACGUCGUUACGUGUCAGCAGAGGGGGAUCCCCUCGCAGCCGUGUCCUGAGCUAGUCGCGCCAUGGCUGCAGCUGGGCGUGGGGGAGCCACAGACAGUCGCAGCUGCUCCUCCGCCACUGUCUGUGCCGUUGCAUCAGCAAGAAGCCCCAAGCAGCAGGGUUUUAUAUCAUGCAGAGAACACACAACAGCCCCUCGACGGCGAAAGCUCUCUCGCGGGGAACACCAAUGGCACAAGUCCACCGCUGCAAUCUUCCAUCACGGCAUUCCAGCAGCAAGGCCCUGUGACUGGAAUUGGGGUCGGCACCGGCGCAGAAGAGCUGGACUUUGCGGCCAUAGGCGGAGUGCCGACGCUGGACGUCAGCCCCAUGAACUGGGAGCAGUGGGACGACCUGCUCCAGCAAUUCCAACAGGAGUGUUGGAAUGAGAACCCGCUCUUGAGCCAGCCAUAGUUGGAUAAGGCAGGGGAUAGGUAAUUUGAUUCGGUCGGCAAGCGCUAUAUGGGCGAAUUAUAGCAUGUGGCACCGCUAAAACUCUGGCAGAGGUGGAUUUAUAGCAUCACCAGGCACGGCCUGCUUUUUAUAGGUCUUCUUACACUAUGUUUGUAUAUGUACAUACCCGUAAUAGCUAUCUGGGAUUUGCC